AUGCUGCAGGCACACCGAGAACUCCGCUACCAUGAGCUCAUUGCCAAAGCCACCGCUCUUGCGAUCGAGAAAGAAGGUGCAGAGAUCCGAGAAGAGCACAUGUUUGAGGAAAUUGGCGCAUUUCUCGCACUACGAAAAGAGGCCGUAGACCCAGACUGGGACAUCGAUGAAGAGGAAUGGCUCGAUUUGUACGAUUACUGGAGGGACUUCGUCGUGCCGGCAUACACACGGUUGAAAUUGACGAUAGAGUCUGACAGGCUUCCUGCUCUCUCUGCGAUAGCAUCAGGUAUCGGGGCGGCCGUCCCAGAUACCUACCUUGCCGGCUUAUGGCGUAAGGAUGUUCGCCAUGGUCUCGCAUGGAGCGCAUCUGCCGACGCAAAAUUGCCCUCAGCAUAUCGUGGUCCGUCAUGGAGCUGGGUUUCCGUCGAAGGGCCCAUAACUUACUGGCCGUUGCUGCGCGAAAAGAGCCCUCCUAGCGAGAACAGAUGGUCGUCAUACCGAGAUACGAGAACUCUGCGCCCGUCUAAACCUUCUCUCCGAGUCCUCAAAGCGUCCUGCACACCGGUAUCCUCGAAUAGCACUGGCGCCGUCAGCUCUGAUCCUGGUCGAAUAGCAUCAUUCGCGCUGAUAGAUAUGAGCGACCCGAACAUCUCUAUCACUCUGCUCUACCUGGGAGAAGAAUGCUCGACGGACGAGAAUUUGAAGCCGCUGGAAUGGCGACACGAUCUACCGAAAGACCAACUCAUAUCACCCUGA